UUAUGUGAUCUCACUUGUGUUGUUUCAUUAAGUUAUUGGUUGCAGGCUGUUGUUUAAAAAAGAGGCUUCCUACGUUAAGGCACCUUAAUGCUCUAGAGUUAUCUAGUGUUUACCUUGGGGUAGUAGCUAUUUUUCAAAUAAUUUGGCGGACGAUGACCAACAACCCAAAAUUACAGAAAUUAACAAUUGAGGCAAAUUCAACCAGCGACAGUGAGGAAGCUGCUGUGAAAGCAUGUGAAGAGAAAUUGGCCAGCUCAAAGUUCUGUCUAAAACAUCUUCAAGAGGUGGAGAUGCAUCUUGUAUUUGGCACAACAGUUGAAUUACACUUUAUGAAGCUUCUGUUAGCCACAUCCCCAAAAUUGGAGAUCAUGGUUAUGAAGCCACAUCCAAUUAAGGUUUCUGAUGGUGGAUUGAUGAUUUUGAAAGAGUUGAUGCAAUUUCAACGUUUGUCCCCCAAGGCAAAAAUCACGUACAAAGAUCCUAAUGAAAGAAAUCUCCAAGUUUCGGUCAUGGAUGAAGUGCAUUUUGGUCAUCUUAACAAGGAUCCACAUAUGUCAUCUGGAAUUUGUUUGUUUCGGUCAGCUAGUCUUCACUUAAACCAACUAGCCAACUAAUAAAAAUGAGGGAAUUGGUUUUGAUGUAGCUGUUGACCUUUUUUUUCUUUUUCUUUUUGGCUUUAGAAACUACUCCAAA